CUCGCCGCCUGCACCUGUCCGCGGGGCGCCCGGAGCCCCGCCCCUUCUCCUUGGCUCCUCCGCAACGCGGUGGCCGGCCGGCCGGGCUGGGCUGUGUUUGCGCGCCGCGCCUGGGCGGGGGAAGCAAGUGCCCAGCCGCCGGGAAGGAGGAUGGCCUGCCUGGUCCGCCGCCUGCUGGACUCGCAGCCCGUGGCCCGCUUCCAACGCCGCUGCGGGCUCUUCCCGGCCUCCGAGGGAGGGGCGGAGCAGGCCGGCGCGGUGGAGAAUGGCAGCCCCCGCCACCUGCCCGCGAAGGACGUCGCCAAUGGACGCAGCAGUCCGGCCAAGCAGCGCGCCCACCCUCGGGCUCCCAGCGCCGCCAGCAACGGCUGGAAGGACUGUUCACAAGAAUAUGUUGUAAAGAAUUAUUUCUACUACUACCUGUUCAGGAUUUCAGCUGCAAUGGGUCAAGAGGUUUUCUACAUCACAUUCCUCCCAUUCAGUUACUGGAGCAUUAACCCCUAUGUUGCCAGAAGGCUGAUACUUAUGUGGUCCGUGGUUAUGUACAUUGGCCAAGUCUCAAAGGAUCUGCUCAAGUGGCCCCGCCCUUCUUCCCCACCUGUUGUCAAGCUAGAAAAAAGGACCACUGCAGAGUAUGGAAUGCCAUCCACGCAUGCAAUGGCAGCAACCGCCAUUUCUUUUACAUUUGUGGUUACAACAGUGAACAAGUACAAGUACCCACUUGAACUAGGACUGCUGGGAGCCUUCUUAUUUUCAACUCUGGUAUGCCUCAGCAGAAUUUACACUGGGAUGCACACAGUUUUGGAUGUGAUUGUUGGCAGCCUGAUCUCAGCCAUAUUAACUGCUCUGGCUUAUCCAACUUGGGACCUCCUUGAUCACCUGAUGCUGACCAGCCCCUUGUGCCCCAUGUUCUGCAUCGUUGUCCCCCUCAUCUUAUGCUACAACUACCCCAAACUGGAUUACUAUAGCCCUACUAGGGCAGACACAACCACUAUUCUGGGAUCUGGAGCUGGAGCAAUUAUAGGGUUCUGGAUAAACAAUCACUACGUUUCAAAUGUUUCCGCUGAAGAAGCGACACACAGGAUCCCUUCUGCCACCAGCGAAAUGCUCUUGAUGGUUCUUGCACAGUUCUUGGUGGGAAUUGCUGUACUGCUGAUCAUACGGCAGAUCAUCAAAAGCCUGGCUCUUAAAUCACUGUGUUCUUGGUACAAGGUUUCUAUUAAUGACAUUGAAGCUAUGCAGCAAAUGGAAAUUGAAGUGCCCUAUAAAUUUAUAACCUAUUCUUCCAUCGGCCUGAGUGCUACGGUGCUUGUGCCAUUGCUGCAUAAAUUAUUGGGCUUAAACUGAAUGCUGCACACUUUUCUUUAAGAAGCGGUCCAGAUUAUAGGGUGCAAUAAAAAUGCACGCAGAAGCAAAAACUUGA